AUGGAUGGCAGGGCCAACAUUUGUUACUCAUCCUUAAUUAGCUUUGAGAAGCUGGUGAUAAAAUUAAACCGCGCUGCAAGUGACCUGGUAACUAGAAAAUAUGAAGUAAAAUGUCUUGCCGUGCUCUAUACAAAUCAAAAAACAAAAAAAGCAAAGAAAUGGCAUGAUGGCAUUUUAAGGACCAGUUCUUUUGGAAAUAAGGCCACUUUGUAUGAUGAUAAAGGGCUCUGUCUGGAUCACCUAUUUGUUAAAUUUGAAGAGAUACGAUCAGGCAAUGACUUUGAAAGUGAUCGAUAUUUGAUUACUGUGGAAGAAGAAAAAAUAUCUAAGAAUGAGGGUGGCAAUUGCUCUGGUGAGAAGGAAGUUGCAAAGCUUGUGACAGCUAAUAUAAUGCCUGCAAACCUGCCUCGAUGCCACUUGCCUGUCGGUCUGAAAAGGAAACACACUGGCUUUCAAGGACCACGGGAAAUAUCAAAGAAACCAACCAUUGAGGAGAAUGACACAACAAAUGCAGCAACUAAAUCCCAGGCACCAAAUUUUUCACUCCCUCAGAUUUAUGCGACAUCACCCCUUUUUUCUACUUUAUACACAAGGGAAACUUCAACUUGCUCUGAUUUAACUUCCGAAGCUUCCUCUUGUAUGUCCAGGAAUCAGCCCUCAACAGAAAUGAUCCCUGGCUUUUCAUUAUUGCCUCCAGCAACACUGAAUUAUAAUGAGAAACUGAGGCACCGUGAAGAAAUUAGAUCUUUUCAUUCUACAGAUACCGGAUUUACUUAUGGAGAUUGCAAUGAAAGAAUAUCUGAAACACUCCAGUCUACUACACCAACUUUCACUCCAGGAUUGUUUUCCCAUUCUGACUUAGUAUGUGAGAAUAAAAGGAGCAAAGCUCAGAUCUUAGCAUUACUUGGAACAAAAACAGUGUCCAGCAGUCAUGACUUAGAACCCUUUGAAAUUAAGCCACGGUCGCUGUUGGUUGAUAAUGGCAGUACUUUUGCUGCAGAUAAUACCAUUGGCCAUCAACAGGAAAACUGCUUUGAUCAGAGUUAUGGAGAUCUUGACGACAAAGCAGAUCCUAGAUUGAUACAGCAUUGUAGCAUAGAAUCACCUUACCAGACAGAUCAUAGUAUUAAGGUGAAUUUAUCCAAAAGUUUAGGUGGAGAAAAUUCUUCCCACAAUACUGAAGAAAUGCAUCUAAAAUGUGAGGAAAAGGAAGAUUCCAUUAUUCAAGCAACAGAUGCACAAAUUGUACCUCCGGAGAUCUGGACAAUUGCUCUUGUUGAUGAAACACUGGACAAAAACAUUGAUAAACCUGAAGAAUGUUCUGUCAAAAUGAAUAGUCCACCCAGAGAGUUGUUUUCUCUUGCUGAUGAUGAACACUGUAUAAAGCCUGUUAGGUCUGUUGAAUCAGAUAUGGUGGAUACGAACAGUUUUGCUGAUAUAAAUUUCAAUAUACUUGGUGAAUUUAAUGUGGAUGAAAUUGGCCCAGAUGAUUUGAAUGGAAGUGAAAUUGAAAUGUUAUCACAAACAUCAUUGAGCAUUAGCAAUUCCUCUUUAAAACCCAUAGAAGUACCUUCAUUCCUCAAAGAUGUGGAAAUCCCUGAACCCAAGCACUUAGAAUUGGAAGCUCAAUUACCAGUUCCUCAAGAAAAGGAUUCAGAUCAAAUUUUGCAUGAAAAAAGUCAAACUGAAAUCAAACCCAGAAGUGUUACAAAUGCUGAAGCUUUCUCUCAAAAACAUACAUUAGUUGCGUGUGAGAUACCUGCAGUGGAAAUACAAGAAAACAGGAUAAAUGCUGAUGAGUAUUCUUGUCUUACGGCUCAAGGACAUACAAUCACGUUGCUGAAAUCUUUAUCUGAACACAGCACUGCAAUUGAAAGCUUAGAGAAGCUAAAUGUACAAAACUGUUUCAAAGAUCAUGCAUUCAAUAAGGAUAAAGAACAAACAUUUAUUAGUUCAGAAGGAGCCUCUGGAGGGAGGAUUUUCAAGAAUGUGGAUUUAAAACACCAUUACAAUAUGGACCUCAACCGCAACUAUAGUUUGUCAGAUUGUAAUAUGAACAGAGAGUUUGAUGCAUUUCUGCAGGCAGCUGAGUUUAGAGGGUACCAGGUGAAGGGCUCUGCAUCAAGUGACACAGUAGUCAGGGUCUGUCAGGAAGAGUUAGAAUUUGAAGAGCACUUUGAUCCUUUUCAUCAAGUUCCAGGGAGCCUCACUGCAGAUACCAGUUUUGUAUCACCACCUUUAACAAGGAAUUCGGUGCUGGCUAGCUGGUUCCAGGUAAACUCUCCAAUGCAACAGGUGCCUUCGGAUGUUACAGCUAUGCACGAUGCCCUGAGUUGUUCCAGAGAUAACCUGCAUAGUAACCUGAGUGAACCUAAGUUUUCAAUGCCAACCCACCAACCAAGUACAAGUGGAAGUGAAAGGCCAGAUAUUUUCGUGAAUGACGGAGUAUCAAGAAUCCAAUCAGCUUUCAGACUAAGAACUCCACUUGUUACCAUUCCAACAACAGAGAAUGACCAAUCUCUUGCUUCAGGUUCUUUUGAAAGUCUUUCAGGUAUAUUUGAACCAGAUCAGCAUAACCAAUGCUCAACUAUUUACUCGAAGAACAGUGGACAAGGUGAUUUACAGAACUACUCAGAAAAUACAGUCAGCUCUGAGUCCAUGAGUUGGAACUGUGAAACUUGUGUUGAUAAUGUUGUUGCAAACCCAAUCAAUAUUCAAGGACCUUUACAGACUAAGACUAGCAAAUGGCAAAAGUAUCAAAUCACAGUAUCUCCAAACAGUAGCAGUUGUGGUACACAAGAUUUUACCUCGGAAGCAGAAGGAAUGUUUGGCACGGCAGCAUUUGAUGAAGAGGAUGGAAGAAUUGUUGGAAUUCAGGACAAUGUAAAUGAUUCCUUUUCUGUAGAGUUGAUCAAAGACAAAUUGAUCCAACAGCAUGAAAAUACCUUACGAGUUAUCUCACUUUCAGAGUUGAGCUUUCCCAGAGCAGAUGUUUCACAAGGAACAAAGAUUCUUAAGAGACAAAUAACAAUUCCAGCUACCUUCCUCAAUCCUACCCAUUACCGACAGGUCUUUACAGCAGCUAUAACAGAGCACCUCAACAUUUGGCUCUUUGAACUAUCUCAGAAACUUCACAAAGCAUUGUCAAAAGUUGACAUAUCCAACUAUUCUUCAGAAAAAGCAGGAACUGCUGGAAACGAGCAACAUUUUGUCCCACUUUGCCAACAUCAGCAGCCUGCAAAGCUGGUCAUGGUUAAAAAGGAAGGUCCAAAUAAGGGGCGUUUAUUCUAUACUUGUGAUGCCUCAAAAAGGAACCAGUGUAAGUUUUUCAAGUGGUUAGAUGACAUACGACUCAUUAAUUUGGAGCAAAACGUGGACCCCCCGUCUAAAUUAAAACUGUCUGAUGCUAAGAGUUUAGGUGCCUUCAUCAGAAGUCAGCAUAUAUCUCUGUACAGUGAAUGUGUGCUUCAUAUAAGAAAAACAUCUGCUUUUCAAAGGAAGAGGUUCUAUCAUGGCAAAGUGAAAGAAAUGACACAUAUGGAAGGGGAUUUGGAAAGCUGCUAUAAGACCAAAUUGUACCUUGGCUUAAGCAGGAAAGAGGGCUCAUCAGUUUACAAUAAAGAUGACCUCUGGGUUGUAUCAAAAACGUUGAUGUUUGAUCCAUUGGACACUUUCAUCGCAUGUAGUGUUUUCUACGGACCAUCCUCAACAAGUGAAGUCGAGCUUUUGCCUCUGAAAGGUUAUUCUCCUUCCAAAUGGCCUUCAGACAUGAUUGUUCAUGCUUUGUUUGUUGGUAAUGCCAGCACUGAACUUAGCUGUCUACGAAAUCUGCAGGAACAUGUCAACCCAACCUCUCUUCCUCUACUGCCACACUUACUCACAAUGCCCUGUUAUGAUGAAGCAAUAGUCAAGUCUGGAAAAGGAAGAUUUAUUUCACCUGCAUUAAAAAUGCCCAUGGUAAUGACUGCAUUGUUGUGCAAAGAACGGACAGUUGCAUUGGCAACAGAAAUGAUGCGGAAGUUUCACCUGAAUACAGAUCAGGCAGCUGCAUUCAGACAAGUAGCUAUAAUGAUGGCCAAGGGCGAGAGCCCCCAAGAUCUCAUUCUGCCAGUCACAGUUAUCCAUGGUGUCUAUGGAGCUGGGAAGAGCUAUCUGUUGGCUGUCUUGAUUCUAUUUCUUGUUCAACUUUUUGAAGAAAAUGAUGCAGUUGAGGGUCCGAGGCAAGUCCCGUGGAAACUUCUUAUCUCUGCCUCUACUAAUGUUGCCGUCGACAGAGUACUGCUUGGGCUUCUCGAGCUUGGAUUUGAUAGAUUUAUCAGAGUUGGAAGCAUUCGGAAGAUUGCCAAACCGAUUUUACCAUAUAGUUUACAUGCAGGUAGUGACAAUGAAGAGCUACGAGAGCUGCAAGCACUCAUGAAAGAAGACCUAACUCCCGUAGAAAAGAUGCAUGUGAGAAAGAGUAUUGAGCAACACAAAUUGGGCAGGAACAGAGCUGUGUUAAAGGAGGUGCGAGUGGUAGGAGCUACUUGUGCUGCAUGUCCUUUCCAGUGUAUGCACAACCUCAGCUUUCCAUUGGUUUUAUUGGAUGAGUGCAGUCAGAUCACAGAACCAGUUUCUCUCCUUCCCAUUGCAAGGUUUGGAUGCGAAAAGUUGAUCCUUGUUGGCGACCCCAAGCAAUUGCCACCUACAAUUCAAGGCUCCGAAAGUGCUCAUGAAGCUGGCCUGGAACAAACUCUCUUUGACAGAAUGUGCCUGAUGGGCUAUAAUCCCAUUAUGCUAAGGACUCAGUACAGAUGCCACCCUGUUAUAAGCACUAUAACAAAUGAACUCUUCUACAAUGGGAAUCUUAAAGAUGGACUUUCUGCUUCAAAUUUAAACCCUCUGUUGGACUGGUUGCCUACUCUUUGUUUUUAUAAUGUUAAAGGACAUGACCAGAUGGACAUGGAUGGUAGCUGCCAUAAUCUGGAAGAAGCGACAUUCACUGUCAAACUUAUCCAGUCUCUGAUAGCCUGUGGAAUUAAAGGAUCUAUGAUUGGAGUGAUAACAUUAUACAAAUCUCAGAUGCACAAGUUAUGUGGAAUGCUUGACUACACUGCAAAAUGUGACCCUGCUGAGAUCAAAGCUGUACACAUUUCAACAGUUGAUGCUUUCCAAGGAGCAGAGAAGGAGAUUAUUAUAUUGUCUUGUGUGAGGUCUCGUCAAGUUGGGUUCAUAGACUCGGAGAAGCGAAUGAAUGUUGCACUUACUAGAGGGAAAAGACACUUGCUGAUUGUAGGCAAUCUGGCCUGUCUUAGAAACAACAGAUUGUGGAAAAGAGUUAUUCAUCACUGUGAAGUGAGAGAAAAUGGCUUGAAACAUGCGUAUCAGUGUGAACCAGAACUGGAACAGAUCAUGAAAUGCUAUAGAGACCAGACGGCAGAGAAGGGACAGAAAAACCUUAAGUCCAAAAGCAAGUCAAUUCUCCCUGAAGAGGGCAACAAAGUUAUUAGUACCACCAAACAGGCUGAAGGAGAUAAGAUGUCAGAGGUGUAAGAUUGCAUAGAUUAUCUAUGCAGAUAAACUAUCUUAAGUGGAAAACAGAGGGCAUUGUCAAGGACAAGAUGUCAGUGUCAAGAACAUAAAGAAGAAUGACUCCAGCAAGACUGCACUAGGAAAUGCAAGUAAAUCCAUUUGAAAAGUAAAUUUUGCUGGAGUUUGAAAAGUCAAAUAAAAAUUAACAUUGAGAAUAUGGAUAACGUUUUGCCUCCUGUCCCAAUAUAAGCAAGCACACAAGAUCCACAUGGAUCAGUCUGAUGAGAAGUGGUUGGAGAUUUCCUGACAAAAGGAAAGAACAAUAUUACAGCUGUAUUUAAUUUUACUUUUGUAAAUGUACUGUAACCUUUUUGUAAUUAUACAGCAUCAGAUAAGAAUUAGAGCAAUAUGUUGUCAUUUGACAUUUAUUUAACAAGAUUUGCAUGUAAAC